UCACCUUGGAAUAAUCAAUUGAGAAUUUGUCAACAAUUUUUCAGCGAUUUAUUUUGAAUUUAAUUAAAUAAAGAACAUAUAUUUGUGGUAAAUAAUAUUUGAUACCAAUAAUGUGCAGUGAUAUAUAAUUUAAGAUUUAAUAAUGUCGUAAAAAUAUAUAUAAUUUAUAAAGUAUCAUGUGAUAAUUUUAAAUAGUUGAAAAAUUAGAUUUAUAGUGUAAAUAGAACAGGAUGGGCAACACCAGUAAAAAGCUGGCCGCUAAAUGCACUCUCCUCACAAAAGAAGAGCCCAAGUAUGUGGCGGCAACUUUCCGUGCAGCCAGCAAGAACUCGGAGCGCAUCAGGGAAGAGGACCUCAUCGUGAGUGGCAAACUAGACCCUGUGUCAUUAGAAAAAUUCUGGGGUCCACAAAUCGACCCGCGGCUGGCGCAGUACCUCACCAACUUCCUGUUCGGCGCGGGGCAGCAGAAGUCCCCCACCGUCGACUUCAACAGGUUCGCCGAGCUCUACGUUUAUAAUGUACGAGGUACCGUGGAGGAGAGAAUGAUAGUGAUCUACAACUGUCUCGGCAUGGACUACAACGAGGAUGUGGAACUGCCCUACCAACUGUUGAAAGAGUACUGUGAAAGCAUAGUAUCGACGUACAUGAAGAUGCUGAAAUCGUCGUCCUCGAAGCGUGUGCGUUCGUGGCAGGACAAGGGUUUCCGAGCGAGCGCCUCCAACGUGCAAGCUCUGGGGGAGGCGGUGGCCGCCACCGUGGGGGGAGACCUGGACUCCCCACAGCACCAUUGUACCGCUGCACAGCUGUCCAAAUGGUUGCAAACUAACGUCCUGCUGCGGCAGCUGGCCGAGCUGGUGUACGUGAACCUGUACGGCAUCAACAAGAAGCCCGGCGACGAGAGCCCCGCGCCGCUGCCGCCCGCCGCGCCCUCGCUGCUGCCCGCUGCCGACGGUCUGGAGGCGAUGCCCGACUACCCGGCCGUCAUCGACCUGUCGCACAUCGUGUGGGUGAACAGCCACCUGCCGCACAAGUACCAGCACAAGUGGCGCUUCCUCUUCUCCACCAACAUCCACGGGGAAUCCUUCUCCACUAUGACCGGUCGAAUCAUAGACCAGGGUCCGUCAGUGAUUAUCGUGGAGGACUCCUCGGGGUACAUCUUCGGGGGCUUCGCCACAGCGGCGUGGGGCUUCGGGCCCAACUUCACGGGCACGGACGAGGCGUUCCUGUUCACGUGCGCGCCCAAGAUGCGCGUGUACCCCGCCACCAGCUACAACGACCACUACCAGUACCUGAACCAUCACACCAAGACGCUGCCCAAUGGCCUUUUGAUGGGAGGCCAGUUCCAGUUCGGUGGUAUCUGGGUGAACGCGGAACCCUUUGGUGAGGGCGCCUCCGCUGAGUCCUGCAGCACUUUCCGGGGGUAUCGCCGCCUCAGCAAAGAGCCGUCAUUCAGAAUCCGCAGUCUAGAAGUGUGGGGCGUCGGGGACAAGCCGGCAUUGGACAAAGACGAUGAUGAACGCGACACGAGCAUCCUGGACACGAACCCCGAAGCGAAGGCUAUCCUGGACAUGGCAGGUCGCACGCGCCACAGUGAGGGGCUCAGGGAAGAUCCGCCGCUAUAAGCGUGACACGCAGCGCAGUUUACGGGUUAUUAUCGAGAAAAAUAUCAAUGUACGAAUAUCGUACAGUGCAUAGCACAUCUCUUCCUUAAAUGACUAGUCAUACUAUAUUGAUAUGAAAUUGUCGUCCAAAUACUAAUUGUAUACAUUUAUUUAAAUUUUAUUGGUACGGAUGAUAAGUACUGUCUAUGGAGUGAUUUAAAGAGAACCGUCUUAUGUGUGGGAUUUAGGUAACAUGAUUUUUAUGUAAUUAUGGAGGGUAGAACUGACAAGAUAGCUGCAGUAGCCUCCAUAGUCCGGUCGCUGUGUUCAGAAAAUACUAAUUCAUAUCAUAUUUUUAUGUAGUUUUGCAUUUAAAUCAUUAUUUUCAAAGAGGUGUAAAUCUUAGGGCUGCAUAUCCACCAGAGCGGAGCUAGAAAGCGUAGGGGAGAAACGGACUAAAGCGGAGCGGAGUUACGUACUGUCUGUCCACCGGAGCGGAGCGUGGGUGCGGAGCGGAGUUGCAGACUAUGUUAAAAAAGUAAAUGUUAAAUUGAAUUUACAAAGUGUGCUCAACUCCGCUCCGCAUUAGUCCGUUUCUCCGCUUUGCUCCCUCGCUCCGCUCUGGUGGAUAGGCAGCCUUAAAGGGGUCAAAGAUUUAUUUAAUAAAUUAAUUAAUAUUUACGAGUAUGCACUUAUCGCUACUCGGAGAUCGUUUUAUCGUGUAAAUAUAUUUCCAACUUUAUUUCAACACUGGCAAAGUCAAAUUUAUCAAUUCUUAUAACAAUGACGUAGCCAAGAUUUACGUAUUUUAAUGCAAGGAUAGAUAAAGGCGUGUGUUACAUGGAUUCGUCGGAAUUAUUUUAAUUACUUUGUAUGAAAACAUGAAAAGUUUUAAUUUAUUAAAUAAAAAAUAUUAGUUAUGCAGUUCGGCUCCUAUAAGUGGACUCAUCAACACCUUGAAGUUAUGGGGAAUACUCCCGAGCAUCCUGUAUAUCAUCAUUAACCACCUAAGAUGUUUUUUGAUCAAAAUAUUCGAAUGUAUUUGCUGUAUAAUACCUAUACAUAUUGAAUUGUAUUUUACUUACUUAUAUUGACAUAAUAUAUUUUAUGUAUAUGCGCUAGUCCUAGGUUUUAAAUUUCGAUAUAUUCCGCCACGAUGCGAUGACCGUUUUGAAGCUAAUGGUGAUUGUGAUGAUUUGUAAAAAAAAUAAGCUAGUUUUGUGAAAGCUAUUAUUGAUUGAAUCUUGUAAUUUUAGGACAAAGUUUGUUGUGGAUCUCGUAGAUAUGUACGAAAAAAUAUAAAUAUUGGCGUAAACUAAAACGGUCUUAUUAUCAUGUCGUAAAUAUAAAAGUACUCAAUUUUAAAUAUACGGUCAUCUGUGAUACGACCCAUUGUUAGCUAAUGAUCCCGAGUCAAGCUUUAGUCAACUCGUAGUAUUUAGAGUACUAUUUUACCUCCCCUACCUCUAUCCUACCCUACUCCUUCCCUACAAACUUCUACCCCCCAUUUUAGGGAAGUGGGGGAUUAGAAAGAGACAAAAAGUUGACUAUGUCACUCUCCAUCCUUUCAACUAUCUCCACUUAAAAAUCACGUCAAUUCAUUGCUCCGUUUUGCCGUGAAAGACGGACAAAUAAACAGACACACACCCUUUCACAUUUAUAAUAUUAGUAUGGAUUAUUUAUUAUACUGCAAAUAUAUUAUACUACAAAGCCCACCAAACCGCAUUUGAGCAGCGUAGUGGUUCUAAGCCCCAAAAUUCCUCUUCUAUAAGGAAGUUGAUUAUUAAAAAUAGCUGAAGGAAGGCCGUAUUGCAGGUAAUCGCUUAGACUGUGUGCUGUGUAUCAAACCAAAACGUAAGUGCCAAGGGAUUUUGAAGCUUAUAUAUUAUGUAUAUAGGAUAGGUAGUAUAUUUAUUGUGAUUGCAUGAAUUUCGCACAAAUCUCGAUGUCGCCACAUUCCCGAAACAAAUGAUACUAACCGGCAAAACAAUGUCGAUAGCUUUUGUGAUAGCUUUUUUACUGUUUGUGUCGCUAAUUGUUGUAAUAAUAAUUAAUUUACUAGAUAUUUUGUAUUCAUUAUAAUUUAUUAAACAUUGUGCGUCAAAUAGAAUGAAGAGACUCGAAAAUAAAUAUUGUGAAAGUGAAGUGCUUUUAAAUAGAACUUUAGAAAUGGUUCUUCAUUGCUGAUUCACACUCAUCAUUAUAAACCCAUAUUCGGCUCACUGCUGAGCUCGAGUCUCCUCGCAGAAUGAGAGGGCUUAGGCCAAUAGUCCACUACGCUGGCCCAGUGUGGAUUGGCAGAUUUCGAACACGCAGAGAAUUAAGAAAUUUCUCAGGUAAUGCAGGUUUCUUCACGAUGUUUUCCUUCACCAUUUGAGACACGUGAUAUUUAAUUUCUUAAAAUGGACACUACUGAAAAGUUGUAGGUGCAUGCCCCGGACCGGAUUCGAACCCACACCUUCCGCAAUCAGAAGCAGAGGUCAUAUCCACUGGGUUAUCACGACUCUCAAUUUCAUUUCAAGAUUCUCACUCAGAAGAUACUUAAUCUUCCCACUGUCAAUCAGGAAUUAAUGUCAUAAUCAGAAUUUAUUACUGAUCUUACUUCAUAUUUGGCGCACAAAUAAUGAAAGUGCACUUUGCUAACGUGUAUAAGUAUAUUAAGAUGUACAAAAUAAUAUUUAUUUAAUUUAUUGCGAUGUGAUAUUGUAAUUUUCGAAUAUAUAGUUUGUCCAAAUAAGUGUAAAAAAUGAACAAAUGUAUUUUCUUGUUGAUAGUGCUAUUUUAUGGAUUAUUAAAAUACAAAAAGAGUUAGAAGCUUCAAUAGUUCGAUCCUCGCCCCAUUGCACUAUUGUCGUACCCACUCCUUAUACAGUCUUUCCCGACUAGUUGGAGGGAAUGGGAUUUUGGGGAGGGAAAAAAAAUAUUGAGUGAAACGAAUAUCUUAGCUUUCCAUGGAUUCACCGUGCGCGUGCCGGGUCCAUCGCGUGGCAGGAAGAAAAAUUCCGAGCAGAGUCCUGGACUUGUGACCAAUGAGCGUAGGGUUAAAGAAUUCUUUGACAACCGAUUAACACUCCCCUUCUCCGGUCGUUAUGAUUUUUACGUAGAGAACGUUGUCUAAGGGUGGCCGCUCACUGGCAAUUUUUAGUUGGCCGACUAUUGAGCAACUAAGUUGCCAACGCUUACAACUUAGUUGCGCAACUUUUUAAUUUUUAUGGGUAGUGGCACCAAAACCGACCCCGUGACCGGACCCCAAUAUAUAAAAACGGUUGUGCUAAAAUCCCGAAAAUAAAAUAAUACGCUACUUACACGUACGCAAUAUUUUUACCCACACAUAACAAUGUUUUCACUAUAAGUGUAAAUACAAACUUAGGGACAUUAUUUUUCAACUUUUAAGCAGAUAAAAACUAAAUUUCUACUUUUUAUUCCUUAGCUUUUUCGGUUAAUAAUAAUCAUAGGACAUAGUUUAUAGACUAGUAUAUAAAUGAUAAAAUUAUUAGAGUUCGUUCAUAAUUAGGACUCAGUGUUCAACUACUGUGGUAAAUCCCCAAACUUGGCAAUCAAAUUACUCUUUUUAUAACUUAUCGGGAACUAGGACUUUUCCAUUUCAUUUGGUCAAAUCUUAAUUAUAUAUGGAAUUAUUUAGUAAACUCAAUAAACGUCAUUGUCAUGAAAUAUUUGUCUUACAUGCAUUUAAAGUUGGCCAAAACGCUUAAACGUUCAUCUUUUGGUGUCACUACCCUAAUCGAAAGUAAUCCCUACUCUGAUACGAUCGGCGUCCAAUUUAUUAGUUGCGGCGAUUUAGUCGCUGUAAAUGUGCGUGCUGUCGUAUAUCGCUAUACCUGUUAGUAUACUUGGCAACUUAGUCGGCCGACUAAAAGUUGCCAGUGAGUGGGGGCUCUUAGGCUUUUAGUCGAAGGUUCUUUUUUAUCAGUGGCGUUAAGUUGCAGACAAAUCUGAGACUACAUUUUUGUAAACUAUUUUGAAUAGGUAUCUAGUUCCACUUGUAGAACUUGUACUGCUUCAUAAAAUGAUAUAAACAUAUAUUUAUUCAUACAAUAGAUAAUUAUUAAAUAAUUGUAAAGAAAGAUAACCGAAUUAGUUCAUUUAUUUUUAUUUAUUUAAUUUAAACUUUGGAAAAUACACAGACCAAAACGUAGAUAUCAAAAAUUAAAAAACGAUAAUGUAUCUAUCGUUUUUCUAAUUUUUGAUAUCUAUUUGAUUUUAAGAUUGUAAAAGCCAAAAACUAAAUUAUUAGUCAUCUAUGUAAAUAAAAUCUUGUAGAUAGUAUAAAUUUUGGAUCUAAAUAUUUACAUUUUGGAGAUUUGUGGACCUACAACCAAAUUAUAUCAAAUGUAUUUUCAUUACCCGACUACAAGAAGGGUUAUUAGAACAGCCAAUUGACAGUUUCGCAACGCAGAAGUCGCGGCAUAAUGUAUGUCAGAGAUAGCGAACCUUCGAUAUAUUAUGAACCUCUCUUUAGUCGAAAAUAUUUUUUUUCACAUUACAUCUGCUUCGGUGGAGUUUUUAUCACCUGAAAUUAAGAACAUUAAGAAGGCCGACAAAGUCGUUAAAUAAAAUCAUAUUUUUAGGUGAGUUUAAAGGUGCGCCAUCUCUGAUAUUAUUCAUUGCGACUUUGCGACAGUCGCGUAGUCGCGGCGUCAUAGUCGUGCGUAUUUGUUAAAUACGAGAAGGUACGUCUACGACGAUAAACAGCACUAAUUGUAACGACAUUUUUAUUACUCGACAGUGUGAGUUUCAAAUUAGUCUUCAUCUGUCUUUGUCUUACAUCAUACUAUAGAGAAAGAGAGAUAAAGACGAAUUUAAAACUUGUUCUGUCGAGUUAUCGUUACAGAAUUGUGCCUUAAAAAACGCUGUAAAAGCGCUUUCAAAUUCUGACAUUUAUAUCAUGAAUUCUACCAAGACAUCGUAAUCAUCCUAUAUUAUUUACUAGCGGACGCCCGCGACUUCGUCCGCGUGAAAGUCGUUGUAAACUUUCAACUACCCCUAUCCUACCCUACCCUAAACUACCUCUAAACUACCCCUACCCUACCCUAUCUCAACCCUACCCCUACCCUACCACUACCCUACCCCUACCCUACCCCUACCCUACUCAUUAAGGCUGCACUUCGUUAUUUAUUCCUCCCACCGCGAGUCGUGUCGAGCGCGGGAACCGUUACACAAAAAUAAUCCAUAUAGCAUGAAUUAGUAUUCACGCGCGCAAUGGCUUAGCAUAUUUCUUGUAUAACUUUGGUGUUUCUUUACCGAUUUUUAUGAUUCUUUUUUUAUUGAAUAGGUUAUAAAGUUAACUUUCUUAUUAGGGAUGAGUGAUGGGUGUUAUAAACAUAAGAGUAGACAAAUAUAAUUAGAAAGCUCCGAACUGCUAAGCUAUUGGGAGUUACACGUGUUAUUGUGAGUCAAGCAUAAAAGAUAGAUGUAUAUAUGCUGUUGUGUUUUUAUAGAUAGUUUUAAGGAGAACAUUUCCGUCAUACAUUAUUUCUAUGUAGCUUUAACCAUUAAGGCUGUACACGCGACGGAAGCUUAAAAAACUGAGUAACUUCUCCCGUUUUCUCAACAUUUCUCUUCACUGCUCUGCUCCUAUUAAUUGUAGCGUAAUGAAAAGUAUACUAUAACCUGCCCAGGAGUAUGUAGAAUAAUUGUACCAAGUUUCGUUAAAAUCCGUCUAGUAGUUUUUGUUUCUAUAAAGAACAUACAGACAGACAGACAGACAGACAGACAGACAGACAGACAGACAGACAGACAGACAGACAAAAAUUUUACUGAUUGCAUUUUUGGCAUCAGUAUCGAUCACUAAUCACCCCCUGAUAGUUAUUUUGGAAAUAUAUUUCAUGUACAGAAUUGACCUCUCUACAGAUUUAUUAUAAGUAUAGAUUAAAAUGAAAUUUUGAAUUGUUCAUAAAAUAUACCUACAUAUGAAUAAUUAUACUAUCAGUUGUAUUGCUGUGAAUUUUAAACAUAUUAAUUAUAAAUGUAAAUAAACGAAUUUAAAUGAAGAAA